AUGAAUUCUGGCCCAAACUGUCCGAAAUAUGUAUUUCAACCGCUCCAUACCACCCUGAAUCAGUACUCUAUGAUGCUCCCACACCUAACUAUCUGGAUCUUUUUCCCCCCCCAAACAGCGAAUAAGCUUAGACUACAUAGGCUCGGACUACUUUGCACGAUAAAAAAGAGAAAAAAUUAUAUGGUGUCGGUAGUUCCGUCAAAUAUAUAUAGACGUGGUAGGUACCUCCCCAUUUCUAACCUGCAAUCAAUGCAACAGACUCCUUUUCAGGCACUCAAACAACUAACAUGGACCGGCGACUAUGGAGCCUUUGUAGAUAAUCUCCAAGGGCUACGACAAGGCCAGCAUGGAGAAGCCGGGGUGGACGCUCGUUUUGUACUGAUGCGUCUGAUGAAGAUUCUCCCGGCCGAAGAUCUCGUGACUCUACGAGGACUGUGCGACGUGGGCGACGACGACGAGGAGGCCACUCUGGCUCUGUUCGAGUCGUAUCUCAAGGAAAAGGACGGCAAGGCCCGGUUCUACAGACACAAGAUGCUAGAAGUCAUGUAUAGAAAGCUGGUGGAACCUCACGGACGACUCAACACCCACGCCUUUCUGCUCGUGUACAUGUCCUUUGUGCGGCUCGAAAUUGAAGAUCUUAAGCUGCCCGAGGAGGACAAGGCCGCUCUCAUGAUGUAUCAUGUGCCGAGGGUGCUCUAUAGACCCCUGGUGCGAGCAUUCCCGUAUUUGGCGGACAACGUGGACCGAGCUCAUCUUGGACCUCCCCGACGAGGCUCGCAUGGAAGCAUAGAGUCCGCCGAGGUGAUUCCGCUCGAUUGGGACGGUAUUUGUGCGCUUUUCGACACUGAAGCCGUCUCCAGCGUGUUCCCUCUUGGAGCCACUCAUCGUGCGUUUGAAGGCGACGUUCUGUCUCUCAUUGACGAUGAUGUUACUGUUCUGUAG